GUAAUUCACGCAGAUAUCGACCAUACAGCCAACCGUACGAAGCUAGUAACAUGGUAUCAUCGUGUGAAAAUUGCUGCGCUUGUCGUGGUGUGGAUAUUUUUCACAUAUCUGUUAAUGUCGUAUGACGAAAAAGAAAUCGAACGGCGUCAGACAGCCGUAUUGCCUUUCGAGACUAAAGAUUUUGUGCUUCAUGAAACACCUCUUGGUCCUCGAGUUGGCAUUUAUUUGAAAGGAGCCUUCUACGAAAAUCUCGAAGGGAAUGCUUCAAAUUUUCUUAACGUUUACCUAGAUCGACUCGAUGGACACGACAACACUGGUGACAGUGUUAAUGUUACUGAGAUUUACUCUAUUGCUAUUGUUGAUCCACACGAAAUCGAUCAUGUGGAAGAAAUCACCGAAGAAAUCGUGUUCGUCAUAGACGAUGAAACUAUUGACAAAUUAAAAAUGGGCGACGCUGUCCUGCGCGUUCAAAUGUAUACGAACAUUGACCAAGCUUUACCAUUACUUUUCGCAUACGAUCCGUCGCCUAUCGACAAAAAUGUUAGUGUCAUCUGUGCUGCCGUGAUUUUGUUGGGUUUAUACGUACUGAUUAUAUGGGAUGUCGUUCAUCGGACAUUCGCUGCGAUAAUAGCUAGUACAUUAGCCCUCUCAGUCUUAGCCAUUUUACACCAAAAGCCUUCAAUGGAGGAGAUAAUCGGUUGGAUCGACGUUGAGACGUUACUACUGCUGUUCGGUAUGAUGCUGUUAGUGGCUAUUUUGUCUGAGACGGGUGUAUUUGAUUUUCUGGCCGUCUACGCUUACAAGAUCACUAAAGGACGAGUGUGGCCGUUGAUCAAUUGUCUAGCAUUAUUUACUGCCGUUUUGUCGGCGUUUCUUGACAACGUUACAACGGUUCUGCUGAUGACGCCAGUUACAAUUAGACUGGCAGAAGUUAUGGGUCUGAACCCAGUGCCCAUACUGAUGACAAUGGUUAUUUAUUCAAAUGUUGUUGGUGCAGCCACCCCAGUGGGAGAUCCACCCAAUGUUAUCAUCACAUCGAACCCUUAUGUGGUCAACAGUGGUAUCAACUUCCUCAAUUUUACCGCUCACAUGACUGCUGGGGUUAUAGUCGUUAUGCUACAGACUUACUUACAAAUUAGAUUCAAAUACCGGAACAUGGAUGACCUUCGCCUAAACGAACCGAAUGGAAUUCACGAAUUGCGUCAGGAAUUGGGUGUUUGGCAACGGGCUGCUGAUUCAAUAUCUUCCUAUUCAAAGGAUGAAAUUUUGGUCAAAGAAACGUUAUUGAAAAAGGUUAACUAUUUGGAACGUUUGCUGAAGAAACGGCUAGCGACUGGAAAGCUACCGGUUGAUACUUACAAGAUAACGUUGCAAGAACUGCAGUCAAAAUACUUCAUUCGCAACAAAAAGUUACUCAUCAAGUCCAUGGUCGCGUUAACAUUCACCAUAAUAUUCUUCUUCUUGCAUUCGGCACCUCACAUUCAACGUCUGUCCAUUGGUUGGGUGGCACUAUUAGGUGCAGUUUUACUGUUAAUUUUAGCUGAUCGCGAAGAUAUUGAACCUGUGAUUCAUCGCGUGGAAUGGACAACUCUACUAUUUUUCGCUGGGCUGUUUGUACUCAUGGAAGCAUUAACCGAACUCGGUUUAAUCGACUGGAUCGGAACGCAAACGCAAAAUGUCAUCUUUGCCGUUUCGGAGGAGGCUCGUAUGGCUGUUGCAAUACUUAUCAUUUUAUGGGUGUCUGCUCUAGCCUCAGCAUUUGUCGAUAACAUACCACUGACGACAAUGAUGAUCAAGGUUGUCAUAUCGAUUGCCGAGAAUAGAGAAUUGGGUUUACCAAUGCAGCCGCUUAUUUUUGCAUUGGCGUUGGGUGCUUGUUUGGGAGGCAACGGAACAUUAAUUGGUGCAUCUGCAAAUCUUGUAUGUGCUGGGGUGGCACAGCAACAUGGAUAUAAAUUCACAUUUUUGGAUUUCUUCAAAUUCGGUUUUCCCAUAAUGAUUGGCCAUAUACUGGUAGCCACGGGCUACCUAAUGAUUGCUCACGUUUUAUUCGCAUGGCACUAGAAUUUCAGCUGCUAAUUAGAUUUUAGACUUGUAAGUUAGAAUGUUAUUCACCAUGACAGCGUAGAGUAAUCUUUGCUCUGUUGUUUAUUUACCAAAAUAAAAAAAAAAUCCUGUCACUCUUCCCUUCAGAAGAACGGGUCAGUAAAAGC